AUGCUCUUCACAAAAUCGCUCAUCUUCAUCACUUUAUUCGGUUUGACGGUCACGUUGAAAUGCUGGGAAGAUGUGAAUGUGAAUGGACAUAAACACACUGAUGGGAAAUCUAAGCAAAACUGCGCAUCGGGAUGCGAUUACUGUAUGAAGACGGUGAGCAUGAUUGGCAGUGUUGAAUCGGCCACAUGGGGUUGUGGAUGUGGUGAAGAGAAUGGACCCGCCAUUGCAAAUGCGUGCACGAGCAAAGGUCGAUUCAAUUACGGUAUCGGUGAGGUGAAUUGUUGCAAGGGAAAUCUCUGCAAUUCGGCUCAUUCAAAAGCUUUUCCAAUGAUUCUCAUCUCAUUUUUUUCUUUGUUUAGCUUAAUGUUUUUAAAG